AUGACUACGGAUUACUGGUCCGAUCUCCCUGACGAUCUCCUCCACCUGGUCUACGCCAAGGUUGGCGGCUUGCUCCACCGCGUCCGGUUCUCCGCCGUAUGCAGAUCGUGGCGAGCCGCCGCGGCUGCGUCGCGCCACCCGGCGCCGCCUGCCCUACCGUGGCUCAUCCUCUCCUCCAUAUUACGGAACGACCACAGGACGAGGCGUGUAUACUGCCCUGCAGAAGACGAGGCCAUGCGCAUCCAGCUCCCGAGCGAAAACUUGGUCGGCAAGUGGUUCGUGGGAGCUCACGACGGUGGCUGGAUCGCCGCGGUAGGGUUCGACCUGCAGCUUGCGAUCGUGAACCUCUUCUCCGGCGUUGAGGUCGAGGCGCCGCUUCCGAAACAGGGGACCAUGUCUGGCAGGCUCGUCCGGAAGGUUGUCUUCUCGGAAUCUCCAACCUCACCUGGAUGCAUCCUCGCGGCCAUCACCCACCACCACGACAACCAUGACAUCCUGCUAUGCAAGCCCGGUUGUCCGGAGAGCGGAUGGACUGCAUAUUCCACGAUAGGGGAGCUCCUGGACAUCAUAUUCCACAAUGGACAUCUCUAUGGCCUCAACCUCUACGGGGACCUGUUCAGGUUCGAAAUAGGUGUGAACCAAGACGGCUGGCCGAUGGUAACCAAACAAUACCUGCACGCGUUUGAGAUAGGUAGCUCCCGCGUGGUCAACGACGACCAUUGCUACGUAUUUGUUUUGGAAGGCAAGCUCGCAAUGGCGGUGAGGAGUAAGCGAUCUAACAUAUUCAGAUCCGACCCUUUCUUCACGGUGUUUGAGCUUGGUGACGAACCGGCGAUAGGGUGGCUUCGGAAGUGGGAGCAAGUAGCGAGCUUGGGAGACUACUCCCUGUUCUUAGGGAAAACGUGGUCGAAGGCGGUGUCCGUACCAGCAGGUGGGUGCGGUGCAGUGCAGAGAAACUACAUCUAUGUCGAUGAUGUGGUUGGUGGCCGGGGCUAUCGCAUGCAAGAAGACGGCGGUGAUGGAAUCAAAUCGCCUCAAUCUUGGAUACUUCGUGGCACAUGGGCUUGGGGUGAAACGUUAACGUGGAUUCUUCCUCCUGAUUUCUAA